AUGACCUUCCUUAAGUGGAUCUUGGACACCCACCCCCGAGUUCGGAAAAGAAGCACCUUAGAUGAAUACUGGAGAGUGUGGUGUAUGCUAUACCUAAAGUCUGUUGGCAAGGGUUUACAUGCUAAAGUAAUGGAGGAGGUCCGCGAUUACAUUGAGUAUAACCUCGACACGGGUGUUCUGGACACUUCGGUCUUUCCAGACGAACGGCAACGACUACAGCUCGCUCUCUUACUUCUUCUCUCCGCGUACACAGCAACGAGGCCGGCGGCCUUAGUGUACAAGGCGACCGAUCGAACUAAGCAAAGAGAGCACUACUUUGGAUGGGAAAAUGAUAUAUCUAGCGACAAUGACGAAAUGGACUUAGACUGGGAGGAUAUCAAGACUCUCUGCUAUGAGGAUGUGACACUUGUGAUGCUGCCGAAUCCGGAGGGGGAAGCGAGAUCUACUCGCCAUGGAGAUCACCCUGAAGUAUACCAAAGGAUGGAAGAAAAGACCGAAUCCCACACCUACCUCUACUAUCUUCAACGAUUAGGUCUCCAGGCAGGAUUGAUGCAAAUCCUCGGAGGUUAUGUCCUUCGAAGAGGAGCUGGCGAGGCUGUUGAAGCUGUUGCCACUCAGCCUCAGCUUCAACAAGUUAUGUGCUAUAGGGACGCUGGUAUUUAUCAGGCGUACAUUAAUCAACGUGUCCAGUGUGACGUACAAGCUGCCUUCCUCGAUCAACCUUCGUCCGGAGCUCUGUUUAAAGCAGUCACUCAUAUGAGUCGUCAUGCUGACCCGCGAGCGCCGACAGAGCCUACUUCGGAUGAAGUCAACGCUCUUAAAGCGGACCCAGUAAUUGUCCAACUUCGAGAACUGAGAGAUCGAUUAUCCAACGAAGCUCGUAAAGAAUCCGGCACCUUGAAGAAGGCGGAAGCUAAGGGGACUAAGAUCUAUCGUAUGUACAAGGAGGCUGACAGAGCGCUUCGUUCCGCAAAAAUGACGGCCCUCAAUUCGGCGAAGAAAGCUACUCGACAGCAGUUUUUUGACACAAUCAGCACCAUUGAAAUAAAUAAGCAACUUGAUCUCUCCAUGCUCGAUCUUAAUGAAGGCGACUGGGAGCCUAAAAAGGUGGAACACUAUUUGGAAGAACGGCGAGUGGUUGCAGACAUUAUCUGUCAGGAUGCCUACGAGCUUAGUGAUCAGGACAAGUUCCGUCACAGAAUUCGUACCGCGAACGCCCUCGUCGCCUUAUGCCAAAAGAAAGAUAUUCCGCUACGGCACAAACCAGAUCGAACGUGGAGAAUUCAAUAUAACAGCGGAUCGCCAGAUCGUCCGCCGUUUCCCAAGGGCCCUACUACAAGACAGUGUGUCUUCUGCUUCUGGAAUACACGAGAGCCAUACGAAGUUCGUCUCCACAACUUUUCCACGGUGUCGAACUUCAUCUCAAACAAUUUAAGGAAAAUGGUGACAUCCCAUGCCAGGACCCUAAAUAUCAAGCUUCCGCUGUCGUCCUUUAUGGACAUAUGCACUUCAAGAACCAUGAAGCUCGUGUACAUAAUUACGAUAUCUUUCGAAGAGACACCUAAUCUUCGCUUCCCCCCAGUAUGA